CGAGUAUUUGUUGGACUUUAUCCGUGCAAUGAAUGCCAGAAAACAGAAUAAUCGUGUUCUUCUCGGACCACGGGUUGAGGUUCGGAGACAUACGACAGACACUGUCGGCAAAGUAUGAGGAAAGGCUGCCUUUUAUGCACAUAUAUGUCCCCCAGAGAUACCGUUCUCGCAAUCUGACGGUCAAUGAGCAUCGGCUCACUACUCCUUUCGACAUACACUCAACGCUUAAACAUAUUAUCGAAGGUAAACCCAACGAUACGUUAAGUUAUGGGUUAUCCCUAUUAGAGGAGAUCCCAUACGAUAGGAGUUGCGAUAGUAUACCCAUAUUAGAGCACUGGUGCGGCUGUCAGACCAGUCAACCCAUACAUGACUUACACAGCGUUAGACCUAUGGCUGAGUUUGUGGUCACAAAACUCAAUGACUUACUGCACGUAAAGUAUCGUAAGCAAAUGAAUGCUAAGACUGUUGUGUCGACUGAAAUGAAGCACUAUUUGCUGACAAUUCGUGUCCAUCCGAGUGAUGGUGUCUUUGAAUCGACCGUUCAUUUGAAUACGACUUCACAUCAAAUGCUUAUAAUUGGAGACAUUUCUCGCAUUCAUUUAUACGCAAAUCAAUCGCAUUGUAUCGACAGUCCGUGGCUUAAGAAAUAUUGCUUUUGUAAGGAUUUGCUAUGA